AUGCAAGCUAUUCGUGUGCACCCUCCGGAAUCUGAAACAGAGCCGCCCUUCUCUGCCACCAAUCCAGCACCUUCCGCUGCUCUGGUUCUGGACACCAUACCUGUACCUACCUUGGACAAGCCUGGCCAACUACUGAUCCGCGUGCAUGCAACUUCAGUCACCCGAGAUGAAUUGACGUGGACCGAGACCUAUAGCACGGAUCUGCCACUGCUGGGUCAUGACCUUGCUGGUACUGUGGUGGCCGUUCAAGACGAUCCAGGCACCAACAAAAACAGAACAGACUCCGACUUGAAGCCCGGUGAUGAAGUAUACGGAAUGCUUGACACGAGUAAGGGCUCCACCUGGGCCGAAUUUGCUAUUGCGACGACAGAUCAGGUGGCUCUGAAGCCGAAACUACUGAGCUGGGCUGAAAGUGCUGUUGUGCCUGUGAGUGCUUUGACCGCCUGGCAGGCUCUGUUUGUGAAAGCAGGGGUGACGCCGCCAGACUUCUCAUUGAUCACAAGAACGGGAUCUCGGGCUAUGGAUCAGGGUGAGUCAGCUCGGAAGAUUGCUGUGACGGGUGCAGCUGGCGCGGUAGGCACAUAUGUUGUGCAACUAGCAGCGCUGGCGGGCAUGCAUGUGGUUGCGGUCUCCAGCUCAAAAACCUGCGAUGAGGAGUUUUUGAAGUCGCUUGGCGCCACUGGAGUGCUCCAAUAUGAAGACCUGUACCAUGUCAAGAACGAAUACGAUAUCAUCAUUGACGCCGUUGGUGGGGAGACCUUGAAACGUUGCUGGUCAUCGAUCAAAGAUGACGGUAUCCUCAUUUCGAUCGACUCGUCGAGUGGAGACUUCGUGCGCAAUCAUCGUGAACAGACAUUCACCCAUGACAAGCAAGGCGUAAGGGCUCUAUUCUUCAUAGUGGAACCCUCAAAGGAAAACCUGGAACAGCUUUCUGUGGCCCUAGAUCUUGGACUUUUAAAAGUAUUUGUUGCUCACGAAAUGCCUCUUCAUGAAGCAAGGGCAGCGUAUGAUCUUGCGAAUGGGCGGCUGCAACGUCGUGGAAAGGUAGUUCUCACGCUGUGA